AUGUACUCGUCGUACUGGAAACCGAACGACGGCCGCGAGUCGACUGUCCGCACGGACCACGAAGCGCUGCACCGAGAUGAAGCCACGCACAAAGCCAUGCAGUCCGACGAGACGGAGCUGCGUCCGCUGGACCUCGAGACGAUCAUGAGCUCGAAAGCGGCCGUCAAGUUCUGGUACCUCCAUCGUCCAAAAACCAUGGCGUACGUCCACAAGAACGCGACCAAGAUCCAGAGUCUCGGGAGAGCGUUCGCCGUGCGGCAGCUGCGGGCGAAGCACGGCGCCGAGUUCAUGGCCGAGCUGGCGCGGCAGGACCAGGCGCGACGGGACGCGGAGGAGCUCAAGGAGCUCUCGGACGACGAGCGCGCGGCGAAGGAAGUGGACGACGCGGCGUACGACGCGCGCGUGGACGAGUCGCGGCGGCUGCGACGGGAACAGGUGGAGAGGGAGCGGGCGGCGGAAGCGGCGGUGCGGCUGCAGCAGGCGGAAGCGGCGUCGGAGCGGCGACGAGUGGAGGAGGCGCGGAAAGCGGCCGAGGAGGAGGAGGAGAGGCGACGUGUGGAGGAGGAGGAGGAGAGACGACGUGUUGAAGAGGAGGAGGAGGAGAGGCGACGUGUUAAAGAGGAGGAGGAGGAGAGGCGACGUGUUGAAGAGGGAACGCAGGUGGUGGAGCUGGAGGCGGAUCGAGUGGAAGAAGGUGCGCGGCUGGCGAGGGAAGAAGGUGCGCGGUUGGAGGAGGCGGAGCGGAUUCGGGUGGCGGAAGAAGCGGCGCUGGUGGAAGCGGCGCGGCUGUUGGAGAAGGAAGAAGAAGAGCGACUGAUGGAAGAGGAGGAGGAGCGACGUCGGGAGGAGGAGGAGGAACUGCUUCGGAAACAACAGGAGGAAGAGAAGCGGCUAAUGGAGGAGGAGGAAUUGCUGCGGGCACAGGAGGAGGAGCGACAACGCAGGGCGGACGAGGAGCGGCGGGUUGAGGAGGAGCUCCUGCGAAAGCAGGAGGAGGAGACGGCGUUGCUGGCUGUGCAGGCGCGGGAAGAGGAGGAGCGGCUGGCGCGAGAGGAAGAGGAAGUGCGAGUUCGGGAACAGGAAGAGCAGGCGCGACAGGAGCGCGAGGCAGAGGAGCGCCGGCUUGUGGAAGCGACGUUGGCUAUCCAGCGUGCAAAAGAGGAAGAGGAGCGGCUUCUACAGGAGCGGAUCCAGCAGGAGAAGACGGACAAGUACGAGCAGUCGAUGUCCAAGGACGUGCCGGUGCUUGUGCGUCGGCGUGAUCCGGGCCGGAUCGUCAGUUACGACAAACAGCGCGAGACGUACGCGGUCAAGAUGGACAGCUCGGUCGGUGGCAUGGAGAUUACGGUGCCCAGCGGCGACGUCAACCUGGACGACGAACGGAUCCUGUCACCGCGGACGAAGGUGGACACGCCGUUUGGUCCGGGAGAAGUCGUGGGGCUUGACCCUCACGUUGGAUGCUACGCAAUCAACACGGAGGUGAAUGCUUCGGACGGCGACCAGUUCUUGGCGUUCGUGCAGAUCAAAGACGUUGCUGUGUACGUGGAAGAAGAAGAGGAGCGCGCGAUUGUGGAGGAUGCGUCGCUGCCAAUCCCCGAUGAGAUUGGACUCGUAUCGGCUCGCAUUGUCGACAGCCGCAUUGUGAACCGCAAAGGCACGAGAUUCAUCCAGUACAAGCUGGAAAUCCGCACGACCAACUACGGCACGGUAUUCUGCUGGAAACGUUACAGCACCUUCCGUUUGCUGUGUGACCGUCUCAUGAAGGAGAACGGAAUGAAACGCCGAGACAUUCCGGACCUACCGCAUCGUCACCUAGUGGGCAACUUUUCACAAAAGACGAUUGGCGAGCGUGCAGAGAAGCUGAAUCUGUUCCUGAACGCUGCCGUGACUGCGGAGCACCUGCAGUGGGGUGUUCGUGUCGAUGACCAGAUUGCCGUCUACAAGCGCCGCAACAAACGAGCCACGCAGCCCAGCAGCAGUAAGCCUGCUAGCCGCGUGAGCCGCAGCAUCUUCUCCCGACGACGGUAG